GUUGCCGAACGCGCAUCAGGCGAGUAGUCCGUGCCGCUGCUUCGUGGAUCCUGGCAUGGCCGCGUCCGUGUAGUUUCAGUGUUCUCUUCAGUUUCGCCGGCACCCGCGGCUUCCGCCUGCCUUCGCGCACCGAUUCGAGCCGCCAAUGCUCUCGGCUUGCGUCGCGUCCCAGGAGUAGCGGUCGUUCCGCGUCUUAAAGUCCGAGCCGGACAGACUUAACCUCUCGCUUCAGCCCGAUUUGUUUAUUUCCGAAAAUGCGUGCAACUCCCGGCGACCGAGUGGAAAUCAAGUGCCUGUUCAAGUGUGUGCGAAGGAAGGGCGUUCGCGCCGCGGGCAUGUGUCAGUUCGCGGCCCUGUGGGCGACUGUGUCGCUCCUGGCGGUCUCCGUCUCGCCGGCAGCGGCGGCCACCCUGCCCAAGGAUAAGGAUACCGCGACGACGUCGGCGACGCAGGACAUCAGCUGCUCCAGCCUGCGCUACACUGGAGCCGACGUGCCGAAGGAUCCGCUCACAGGAACGCACCUGCGGGUGUGCGCCCAGGGCAUGACGUGCUGCACCGAGCAGAUGGAGGUGCAGAUGCGGCAGCAGAGCAAGCAGGAGUACGACAAGGCCGUGAAGGAUGCGCUAUCCAAGAUGGCCACCCUCUUCAAGACCAGGGCCACCAAGUUCGAUGAUUAUUUCAAUGAGAUGUUGACGAACUCCAAACGGGAGUUCCAUGACAUGUUUAAAAGGACGUAUGGCAUGAUAUAUGAGCAGCACUCCUACGUCUUCACUGACCUGUUUGAUCAGCUAGAGCGUUACUAUGCCAAGGGCGGAGUUGACCUGGAAGAUGCCUUGGAUACAUUCUUCAACACUUUGUACCAGAAGAUGUUCACCGUUUUGAACCAGCAAUACCAGUUCGAUGAAAAGUAUCUAGGCUGUGUUGGUGACCAUAUGAAGGACUUGAAACCGUUUGGAGAAGUCCCCAACAAGUUGACAAACCAAUUAAAAAGAUCCUUCGUGGCCACUAGGACAUUCUCUCAAAGUCUCAGCCGUGCAUCAGAAAUCAUCACUAAGAUGGCUAAUAUUGACACCAGUGCUGACUGUGCACGAGCCGUCAUGAAGAUGACUUACUGCCCAGCGUGCCAAGGUCUCCCAGAGCUGAAAGCUUGCUCAAACUAUUGCAUCAACGUCAUGAAGGGUUGUUUAGCAUACCAGGGUGAACUGGACGCUGAAUGGAAUAAAUUCAUAAAGGAAAUGGGACGUGUCAUUGAUAGGCUUCUGAACCCAUUCAACAUCCAAAAAGUUGUGGAACCAAUUGACAUCAAAAUUUCUGAAGCCAUUAUGAAUUUCCAAGAAGAUGGAGCCCAAGUAUCAGAAAAGGUAUUCAGUGGCUGUGGAAGGCCUUCUCUACAGGGCGGCAGGAAGCGCAGGGACGUGCGAUCGAGGCGUGACAACCAUGGGGAACUCAAUUUUGAAUCUCUCAAGUUUGCAUCACAUACCAGAGACAAUUUCAGAGGGUCUAACUCUAACUCAAAUUCGAAUUCCAAUGGUGAUCUUUCACAAGCCCAAGGACCUACUCUAGAAAAAUUAAUCAAGGACAUCCGACAAAAGAUUAUGGACACUCAAAAUUUCUGGUCUAACCUGCCAUACCAAAUCUGCAAUGACAAGGCCUCUUCGAAGCCUGAUUCUGACGAUAACUGUUGGAAUGGGGCAUCAAAAGCCCGAUACGAAUUGCAAAUUACUGGCAAUGGUAUGAACAAUCAACGAUCCAACCCAGAAGUUGUUGUUGACCAAAAGCCUUCAUCUCUCCUUGAUGAACAGUUGUUCCAUCUGCGCACUCUGACAAGCAAUCUUAAUGCAGCAUAUAAUGGCAGAGAUGUUCAAUGGAUUGACAAUGAGAAUGAUGAGAGCUUGAAUGGUUCAGGCAGUGGAUCAGGUGAUGGUAUUGACACUGAUGACACAGAGGUUAGACAUGAAGGCUCUGGGGAAGCACCCUCUCACAAUCAUGAUGACUUGAACUUUGGUGCUGUUCCUGAGAUUGGCGGCAAUGCUGCUCCAAUUGACAAGGGAACAGUUGUGGAAGGAGUCCAGCAGCCUUCAUACCCCACCCACAAUACUGAAGAUAAUAACUUACAUCCAUCAAGUGGAUUAGAAACAAAUGCUCUUGACGAUAGUGUAGUAGCUACUCGGUCCAAUACCACUGCAGGAGGCAGUGGGAACCAGGAGAUGACUAUUACUAGAGCAGUUAUUACUUAUUUAUUCCCUAUUUUCGUUUGUUGGGUAGGGAGUAGCUUCAAUAGUAUUUCGGAAUCUUUGUAAUUGACUGAGUUGUACAUAAGCAACUCUAACAUGAUUUCUCUCAAAAGCUGUGAUUCAUUCUUCAAUUUUAAUUGUAUAUUUUUGGUAGAUAGACGUAAUUAUUUAAGUAAUUUGUAUAGUAAUGAGAUUUCAAUGGACCUAGGAAGCUCAAAGCUGCCAUGAUAUUCACAGAAGACUGUUUCUCUUAUUUUUUUAAUACACUCUGUAAUUUAGAAUCCUUGAAUUGGAAUUUCUACAAAGUCAGUAAAAGACCUUGUUAUGCAUGAGUAUUCUAUUCUGCCAAUGUAGAUUUGAUAUUACUGACCAUCUAAGUUUCUCUUAGAAGAAAUUGUUCAAAAAUUUCUUGGACAAUAACAGUCAAUUAUUGUUUUAAAAUUAACCGAAUACAUGGACUGUCUUUAUGUAAUUUUUAAAAGACUGAGAUCUCUGCAGGAUUUUUCUUUUCUAAGAACCAAAUACAACUACGUGGUCUCCAUCCCAGAAGGGUUUCAUUUUUUUUAAAUUGUUUUUACUGCUCUUGGUUUUUAAUGUUUGGCUCCAUGUUACCCUCAACAAUUUUCAUGACUCUAGAAGUUUUUCUUAAUUAUUGCUCUCUUUGAUAUUACCUCAAAGUCAGUCAGUUGUACUUUUCUAAUAGUACUGGAAGUUUUGUGUUGUCAGUGUUGCAUAAAACUUAGUCAGAGUCAUAAUAUUAUUUGAUGCCCAUAGGAGUGUGUUAAAUGUACUCCACUAGACAAAUCUAGGGAAGGUAAAACCGUCCAUGAAAUGUCAGUGUUGCAUCUGAUGUUGUUAUCCCAUUCCUUUAAUAAUAGAGUUUUGUAAACCUGGAGGUUUGGGAAAAGAGUUGUGGCAGCUCAGAGAAAGUGAGAAUAAACAUUUUAAAUCAAUUUAGUCAAUGUAGCAGUUUUCAAAUGUGGUUUUUUGUUUUCAAUUUUCCGUUAACUUGUUUCCUUGUACAGAUUUUGCUGUAAAAAGACUUGUAUGUAUUAUGUGUGUAUCUACUUUGUGGUUUGGUGUCAGUAUGUUCUCUUGUAAAGCUGAAAAUAUUGAUAAUGAUUUUCAUUUGUGUGUGUUGUUAGUCCUUUAAUAGUACUACAUUACGUAAAGUCAUAUUUUGUUGUGAUCUUUUUGUUACUCGUAAAAUUUACUUAUGACUGUAACAGAUGCUAUGGGUUACCAGCCAAAACUUAAUUGAGUUUGUGCUAGGUGACCCUUUUUCAUGUGAUUUCAUUUCUCCUUAUCCAUUUAAUUUAUUUUUAUCUUAUUUUUCAAACGCUUAUUGUUGAGUGUUGUAUGUACUUUUGGAUUGGGCAGAACUUUUGCUAGUAAUCCUCAGAUGUGGUGUGUAACAGUCAAUGUUUGUUUUUGACUCAAUUGUUUUAUUGAACUUCAACUUUACCACCAUUAUAAGAUCAUGAGGUAACUUUUCUUGUUUUUUGUUGCUUAAUGAGAAGUUUAUCAUGCUUAGUCAAUGGCUGAGGGUAAUAAAAUCAAUAACCUUUUUUCUGCUUCUUGAAGCAGAUGAGGAUUACAGUAGAACUGUACUACCAUUCCAUCGUGCAUUGCCAUGUAUUUUUUUGUACAAAGGAUGAAAGCCAUAGAUGUGAAUGUAAAUGUCAGAUAUAUUAUAAUGUAUAAUGUAUGAUUAAGUUCUAAAUGUAAAUAGUAUCCAGAAGUUAAACUUUCUUACUUAAUUUAUAAUCAUAUCGUUACCACGUGACUGAUAGCCCGGAAAGUGAAACUUUAUAAUUGUUUUAGCUUGUUUCCAUUUACAAUUAAUUAAUCUGUGUCACUUGUUUGUUUACUUUUUUUUUAAUUUUUGUAACGAUAUGCUCUUUUUUUGCUUGUUUUAAUACAAAUGGUACCCUGGUGUUUCUUGAAAGGCAAGAGAAAGCACUAUAUCAGCAUCAGUGUGACAGUUUUAUGAAUGCCUAGUGUCCUACACCUCUGAGGUAAAACUGAAUAAAUGUCUUAUGGCUGUUACCUUU